AUGGAGGACGGUCAUCACAGCGCCCCAAAUAAGCGCAUCCGCAUAUGUGUCCCGCCUGCUCUGGCCGCCCCCUCCCCUCCAGGUCACCCUCGGGCCCAGCCCUACCCUCCAACCGGCGCCUACCGGGCCCCCUCUCCUCCGGCGCGGCUCCCCGAGCCGCCCGCGCUUCCCCCAGGGAACCCCUGCACCCCUCGGCUUCCCCGCCAGCGCUCUUGCCUCCGCGGGCCCCGCUCCCCAACUUCUCACUCCAGCAAGCCCUCAACCCGAGAACUCGUCCUCUCCUCUGUGGCGCCCCCGCACCCCUCGGCCCCCAGCUUUCCUCAAGCCCAGCCCACCCGCCCUCUGGAGGCCCCUCGACGUCCUCUCUGGCGCCCCCCUCGGCCCCCGGACGCCCCUCGGCGCCCGCGGUGGCCCCAGAACACACCCCCUCCCACAGCGACAGGAAGUUCGCGCGCCGGCGGCGCGGCCCCAGAGGCUGCCCUCGGGCGCGGAGCGCGGCCCCAGCGUGGCGGCCUGACAGGGCGCUGGCCCGGCCGCCGACCAGCGCCCCGCGUCCGCCCGCGGCACCCCAACCGUCGCGGCGUGCCCCUCACCUUGGCCGCCGCUCGCCUCCCGACACGCCGUGCACCCUUGUCUGGCCGCGACCGCGUCUCCAGCCCCGGCUCCGGCUCCGGCUCCGGCCCCGGCCCGGCUCCCGCCCUCGCUCUGGCCGAACUGCCCGGCCCUACCCUGCCCCGCCGCAGCCGCUUCUGCCGCCAGCCCCGAGCGCCCCGCCCCCGCCGCGCCCGCUGUGCUCGCGCCAUUGGCUGCUGGGCGCCUGCCCCGCCCCAAAGCCCCUUCGGCGUCCCUGAUUGGGCCGGAGGAGCGACGAGGCGGCACGCCCCCUAG